UCGUGUGCAUCUCUCCUAUCCAACAUGUCUCGGCCGACCAGCAGCGCUUCUGUUUAUGGCGGAGCCGGAGGAAGGGGCGCAAAGGCGUCCGUUUCCACUCCGGAGGGUCUGCGCAACCUGCUGCUGCCGGAGAGAGACUCCGCGCCCGCGUCCAGACAAUCCGAGCCGCCCUCUCGGUCUCCUGCGCCGCGCAACUCCUCCGCCGCCCCCGGGGACGACAAGCAGACUCUGCGCGAUCUGAAUGACCGGCUGUCCAACUACAUGGACACAGUGAGACAGCUGCAGGAGGACAACCAGGAGGUCCAGAAGAAGAUCGAUGACAUUCUGGCCAAAAGGAAAACCCCCAAGGGGCGCGACUGGGACAAGAUCCAUGAACCUCUGGAUGAGCUGGAGAAGAAGAUCAACGACCUGGCCCUGGACAAUGCCAAGCUGCUGCUGGAAAUCGACAGCUGCAGACUCUCCAACGAUGACUUUGACAACAGGCAGGAUGACGAGAUAAAGGCCAGGAAGGAGCUGGAAAAAGACCUGGAAAAGCUGAACAAUGUCAUUGAUGACAUCAGAACCAACAAAGCUCAGGUGCAGGUGGAGCUCGACCUGGUGAAGCAAGAUAUUGAGUUGCUGAAGAUGGAACACCAGGAUAGAGUGAUGGAUCUGCUGGAACAGAUCAAGGAUUCAGAGGUCAAGGUGGAGAUCAAGUCCUCCAACUCCAACCUGGCUGACGUCAUCAAAAACAUCAGAGUCCAGUAUGAAAUGGCAGCUGAGAGGAACCUGAAGGAGAUGAAUGAUUGGUACACGAGCAAGUUUGAGGACAUCAAGGUGGAGGUGGCCCAAACCAACCAGGCCUGUGAGACUGGGAAGUCACAGCUGAAGGAGCUGCAGAAGGAGAGGAAAACUGUGGAAAUUCAGAUUCAGACGAGCCAAACCACCAUCCUGUCUUUGGAAGGUGCGGUGAGGGGAACUAAGGACGAGUACAAGAGGCGCCUGGACCCUCUCUACAGGCACAUCAUAAAGCUGGAGGCAGAGCUGAUGGAUCUGAGGGGCCAGGUGGAGCAGCAGGGGGAGAAGAACGACAGGCUGCUGAACGUCACCAUGAAGCUGGAGAAAGAAAUCAACGACUACAAAGAGCUCCUUUAUGGCUGCACUGCUGACCCUGAGAGCAGCUCCGGGUUUGCUUUAGAGGAUGGCCUGCAGCCUGGUCAGCAACAGCCUAACUUACAGAAAUCACCCAAAGAGGAGCCGAAGGCUGAGAGAAAGCCAGGAAGUGCUGGUGUAAACAAAUCCACGGCCCGUAAAGACCCUGGUGAAAGCUCUAAAACUGAAGAAGUGGUGGUUUGUUCAGGAAAUCCCAAAGAAUGAAGCACAUCCACAGAAAAUCCUCUUCUUAUGCGUGGAAAGCUUGAGAUGGGAAAGUUUUUCUCUGCCCUUAUCUUGUCUGUUUAAAACUAUCAUUGGUGUCAAAUCUGCAAAGUCUCUGAGGUUGAAGUUUAUUUUCACUGAUCUGGAUCAAAUAAAGGUUUCAAAGGGAAUCUGGACUCGUUUUUAUUUGUUUUAUUUGUGUUUUAUGCAACAUGUAGUAACCAUAAAGCAGGUUCUGCUGGCCUCAAAGUCAAAAAUGUUAUCGAAUUUUUCAGAAUUGAAUCACAAUGUAUGUCUAUAACCUGUUCAUCAGCAAAACACCAGAAAUUAAAAAACAAAAAAACAGGACAAAGUCAUGCGGUUAGAAGCAUCAUAGAAAGCAAGGUGUAAAGAUGAAUUAACAAUAUCAAAAAUUAAAGAUAAACUAUUGA